UUCUUUUCUUAGAUUUUAUGCAAAAUAAAGUAAGACAAUACAAAUUAUUCUAGUGUAUAUUGCAGUGGAGGUGCAGCUUUCUGUCCUCAAAUUUCAACUCUUUUUGUCUCCGGCACCUGUAAGGGUUCCUUCCGUUCCUUUUCUUCUCCUUUUUGGUUGAUUCUCCCCCCCCCCCUUUUUCCCGUUCUUUGUACACUGAGGUCACAAGUUAUUUUAGGUGUGGGGUUAUGUAUUUGGUAAAGUAAGAUAAAAUUGAAGAGUUUGUUGAAGUCCUGAAUCAAUGAAGUGGCGAUUGGUCCAACAAACAGGGUUGAGUGUAAGAACUUGUUUGAAGAAGCCCAAUUGUUGAGGAAGCCGGGCAAGCUGAAAAGCAUAAGAAAUUUUAGUCAUACUACUAACGAGAUAAGUUAUACUAAAAUUUCAUUACUAAAAUUUUGUGAAAUCAUUUCAGGGACUUGAAUAGAAUCCACUGUCAGAUCCAAGCAGUGCCACCUUAUUCUCAUUAGUUUUUUCCAAUGUUUUCCUCUAUCUCAAUAUGUUAAUCUCUUUCUUUUCAUGGUUGGAGAAAAGGUUUAUUCCCAUAGCUUGAUGGGGAAACCAAAAUACUGUUCUUGCUGAACAAGUUUCUUCUUUCUAUUUCUUUCUUUUUGCUGCUGUUUUGUUUAUAUUAUUAUUCUUGGGUAUUCUAUUACUGCUAUCGUUUUGUUCUUCAUCUGGACGCUUACAUAAGAUCAGAUAGUUGGUUCUCCUUAAAUCCUUUCUGGGCCUGAUUGUUCUGCUUUUUUAUUGAUUCAUAUCUGUCCCUGGAACUGUUCUGAAGUUGCUCUUUUUUAUCUCUUUAUUCCUGCUGGAAAACAUAGUAUUCAAUUAACUUAUUUUUUAUUUCAGUUUUUGUUUGAUGCCCUCAUAAGAUGUGCAAACCAGUUCUUUAGUCAUCAGAGUAGCCUCCUGCUGGUGGUUUCCCAAGAAAUUAUUUGCAUUAGAUAUCAUUUUAAGUUCCAGGAAAACUGAAUAGAAUUCUGUUCCAUCAAUUGUACACCCUAAGGUAGAAAAUGAGUUGAUACCUUCGGUAUUAUCUGAAUCUUAGGUAAAAUCUGAACCUCCUCCUUAAAGCCUCGAGUUAAUUGGGUCAGAUUUGUAAGAGUUAGAGCAAGUUUUCUAUCAAGGUUAGAAUUGAGUUCUAUUUGCCAAAAAAAUUUACGAUAGUACCAAAAGCUUUCUACCAAAGUACAACCAGCUUGCAUAGUUUUCUUCUAAAUAAUUUUGGGAGCCCUUGUUUCAAUAAUUAUUUUUUCUAACCUCGACAAUUUUGGAAAUUUCUCUGGUGGGGUUAUCUUUAGGUUGGCAAUUCUGACUAGAGAACCACCUUGAUGUUUGAAGCAGUGAAAUCUUGAGAAAAAUAUUUCUACUCACAAGGGAUCUGGGAGAAACCCUGAUAAAUGAUAUUACUAUCCAAAACAUUAUUUGUCUGAAACCCUGAUAUGAACUACUAAUCCAGUACUAAAUAGGGAUUUGGGCGAUUUGUGAAAGUUUACUAGAGGAUUUUAUUUCCCCUCUUGGGUUCGCUUCUUUGUUUUGAGUAUUUUCACUCAUGAAUUACGAAAAUAGGAAAUUCUAUCAUGGUUGUCCAAGUCUGUUAUGUUCAUGUACCUAAAUGUGGUUGCAAGGUUUUAAUAGGGGUGGUUAUUCUAAAAAAGUUGCUCCUAUAUUAAUGUAUGCCAUUUAGGCUCGAAUUCAUAUUCAGGGAAAUAUCAGUCACUGGCUACAUUAAUAUUCACAUCCUCAUACCAGUCUAAGAUUAUGUCCCUUUGAGGUUUAGGGUUACAUAGUGAUAAGAAACUAAACUCCAAUUGGUUCUAAAAAAUAUUGCAGUGGCUUGAGAUGGUAUGGUAACACAAAUACAUUAGGUAGGAUGAAAUGUCAUUAGUCAGUGGCUCUGAAAAGGAUGGGACAUGGAUCACGGAAGAAAUAAGUACAUAAUUUAACGGAUGAUAAAGCCAUGGGCACAAUGGAAUGGCAGCAGAGGGUUUCAUGUAGGCAAUCCAAGAUGGUUAAGACCAUGCUCGAAUGUUACUGGCUGCUGGCUGCUGCCAAUGUUAAUGAUCAUAUUGGUUUAACAAAUAACAACAAUUAUUUCAGCUGUUAGCCUUCUACAAGUAUCAUCUUGUGAAUUAAAGCACUCAAUGAGUAGGAAUUACAUAAAAAGAGACCUCCAACCUUCAAAAAUGGAAAAAUAAAGAAAGAAAUCUAACACUCCUUUAGCCACAAUUAGGGCUCCUAAUGUAGUACUGAUUUACAGGUGUAAAGCUAUACCAAGACAGGAUCUAAAAUAGUAGCUAGCACAGGGAAUUAAUAAACAGCAAUCAGAGGGAGGAUAUUAUGGUAAUUUCCGGCCCAAAUUAGGUUCAGAAAUUAUGUCAAAUAGUCCCAAUCGAUCCCUGAAAACAGAACUGAGAUCUAGAUACAAAACAGGAAACAAAAUAGUAGUAUUCAAAGGACAGAAACAGUAUUAGUCGAUUCAGGUUCAGAGAAGGGAAGUGUAAAGUUGGUAUUUUGCAAAUAUGUCAAGAUCCUGCCGUGAGUCCAAAUUUUUCCAAAUUAGGAUCCUUGAAGGUCUGGUGAAAUUUUGAAUGCGAAAAUCUUGGAUCUACCCUUCUAGAAGAUCUGAACAAAUCAUAGGAUUACUUGAAGAACAGCACUUACUUGACAGAAGCUGGAACAAGAGAACGAAAGAUGAUAAAAGGAGGAGGAAUGAUGUUCGUCUAGCGUUCCCCACGCCCACACACAGCCCGUGUUUUCAGGGGGUCAGGGGCGUCUUUUCACAACUCCUGAAAACAGGGGCUGUGGGAAUGCUAGACAGACAGCGUUCUUUCUCCCAAAAUAAAAAUAAUUUUUUUUCUAGGAGUGAUAUGCAAUUAAUGAGUUUUCGAAGCUCAAAGUUACCAAAAUCAAUCCCCAAAAUUCCUCAUCAAACCCCAAAGCCAGAGAUACCAAAAUCAGCACUUCAUACGGUAGAAAGCGUCAUAAUGCUCAAAAUCGUUCGGCCACUACCAUCAUCGAUUCAGCACAAAACUUCAUUGUAGACGAUCUUUAGUAACUGCUAGUCUCACUUCUACUGUAAGUCUUCUUUUCCUAGAUUUUAUACAAAAUAAAGUAAGACAAUACAAGUUAUUCUAGUGUAUAUUGCAGGGAAAGUGCAGCAUUCUAUCCUCAAAUUUCAACUCUUUUUGUCUCCGACACCGGUAAGGCCUCCUUCCAUUUUUUAUUUUUUUUCCUCCCUUUUGGUUGAUUCCCCUUUAUUUUUUUCUCGUUCGUUGUACACCUAGGUCACAAGUUGUUUUAGGUGUAGGGAUAUGUAUUUGAUAAAGUAAGAUAGUAUUGAAGAGUUUGCUGUAGUCCUGAAUCAAUGAAGCGGCAAUUGGUCUAACAACUAGGGUUGAAUGUAAGAUGUUGUUUGUAGAAGCCCAAUUGUUGAGGAAGCAGAGCAAGCCAACAAGCAUAAGAAAGUAGAGGGGAAAGAUGGGAUCAUUUUCUGUCUGUUGAAACCCUAGAUUUUGGAAUCAGGAAGUAGCAAAGUUCUCUAAAAGUCUGUAAAUAUUUUUUAAAGAAAAUUGCAAUGCCACCUCCUGAACUUUGGUCUUUAUUCAAUGCCAUCCCUUGGACUUUUUGAAAUAACAAAGACACCCCCUAUUAAUUUAAAAAAUGCCAAAUCCAUCCCUUCUGUUAGCCAUCCCUGUUAAGUGAUGGAAUAUCUGUUAGUUAUUUCGUUAAAUGCCCAAACACCCCCACUCAAGGUGAGUUGACCAUCUUACCCUCUGCAAAUCCCUUCCAUUCUCUCACAAUCUAGGGUUAGGUUUUCUGUAGAAUUCUAUGGAACCUUAGAUGCUUGCGGCGGUGGUGGAGGAGGUGUAACCGGAGACUUAGAUGUUUGCGGGGAUGGAUCAUUAACUGGCAGAGGAUUGUGUGGUGAUGGUGUUUCAAGUUGAUUGUUUCGAGCUUUUGGCGGAAGUGGUGGUGGCGGUGGUGGAGUUGGAGGAGAAGAGGAUGUAACGGGAUGCUUGUCUUUAGGAGAAGAAGAAAUUGAAAAACGCUAUUUGGGAGAAGACCUUCUAGAGUGAGGAGUAGAAGUAGAAGAGAGAGAACUAGUACCAAAACUCGAGCUUUUAUGGGCAGUGCUCGUACAAUGAUUGACCUUUGGCCAAACCUGACGCGAAGCAGGUACGCAAGGGCUCUCACCAUUACUACUAUUACCAUUCCCAUUCCCAUUCCAAUUCCCAUUCCCAGCUAUUGAGCCCCGAGGUGUGUAGUAGAAUGUCUCCUCGUCAGACGACAUGGCUUGAGGUGGAGGCAGAGGAGGAGGAGAAGUUCUGCGCGGUGGAGCCCUGCUCAGGUGUGGUAAGGGAUGAAGUUCUGGGCUUGGACAGUGCAGCUCUAAUAUUUGCAUGGAGCUUAGCUUGUGGUAAGGCAAAAUCAUAGUAUUUGCACGCUAAUUUCACCAAGUAUUUCUAUAAUGGCUUUUAGGCUAUUCCGACCUUGUCGAGUUUCGAGAGCAGGAAGCCCUGCUACUUCAAUACAGGUGUGAUGGUUAUGGAUCUCGACAGAUGGAGACAGGGCAAUUAUGGGAAGAAGGUAGAGGGUUGGAUGCAGUUACAAAAACAGAGAAGGAUUUACGAAUUGGGUUCACUUCCUCCAUUCUUGCUGAUUUUUGCUGGAGAUGUUGAGCCCGUUGACCACCGGUGGAAUCAACAUGGUCUUGGCGGGGAUAAUGUGGUGGGCAGUUGCAGAACUUUACAUCCCGACGGCAUUAGUUUGCUGCAUUAGAGUGGUAAGGGGAAACCAUGGACGAGACUUGAUGAGAAGAAACCAUGCCCUCUUGAUUAUCUUUGGGAGCCUUACGAUCUCUACAGACCUCAACUACAACGACAAGAAGUAGAAAUAUUGGUGUCAUUCCAAAUGUCGAUUACUUUGCUUGCUUCAUUGUAAUUAGAAAAAAUUCGAUUAAUUUUUCUUUGAUUCUUUUUUGACAUUCAAGGAGAUUCUUUCUAUCAUUUGUAUAAAGAAGAGAUUAGAAACAAAACCCUUCAAGAUAUUGAGAUUGGGUAAUUUUUUCUUUGUAUGUUCAUUUUUUUGGAGGUGAAUUUGAUAGUCUUCCCAGUUCCCAUCUCCCAUAUCCAUUUGAGAGUUUCUUUUCUCUCUAUAUCUCCAUGAGAGAUGUUACUCUGUUCAUUCCUUUUCAAAAUUUCAGCUCCUAGAUAGGGAAGGGAUUUGAUGCCAAUAUCAGUAUAAUGUUAUGGGUUUGUUUGUAUGAUAACUAUGAAGAUUUAUUCUCUCUGAAUUGUUUGUGUUUUUGCUGAUGAAUUUGGUUUGAUCGACUUUGCAAAAGAAUCAGAAUUUGUGCUCUGUUACUACAAGCUCAAAUGCUGAAUUGGGGCUAUAAGCUUUCAUUUCAGAACAAGAAGCUCCAUUACUUUUCCUGCACCAAGCGGUGAAAGGAGGGAGAUGGGGAGGCUCUAGCACCAUUUCCACUCUGCACCAUUUCCCAUGAAAAACUAAUACAUUUUUAUGAAUAUGCAGGAGAAUCCAUUCAGAACAUGGAACUAUAAAACUAUGGAACUGAUUUCAUUUUAAUUUCCGCAAGCAUCUAAGGUUCCAUAGAAUUCUACAAAAAACCUAACCCUAGAUUGAGAGAGAACGAGAGGGAUUUGAAGAUAGGGGUUGGGAUUUGCAGAGGGUAAGAUGGUCAACUCACCUUGAGUGGGGGUAUUUUGGACAUUUAACAAAAUAACUAACAGACAUUCCAUCACUUAACAGGGAUGGCUAACGGCAGGGAUGGAUUUGACAUUUUUUAAAUUAAUAGGGGGUGUCUUUGUUAUUUCGAAAAGUACAUGGAGUGGCAUUGAAUAAAGACCAAAGUUGAGGGGGUGGUGUUGCAAUUUUCUCUAUUUUUUAUUUUAUAAACUUGGGAAUCUUGCUAACGUAGGUAAGCUUCAUUGGUUUUUUGCUUUUAUUGAUCCAAUUCUGAUUCCAAUUCCAAUUCCUUAAAUUAUUAAGAUUGGCUUCAUAUUCAGAUUUUGGGUUCCAAUAUGAUUGUUGGCAUAGUUAUCAAGGCAGAAAGGCGACCAAGGUGUUUGGGUGUCUUCCGAAGGGCUUUGGUGAUAGGGUGGGAAUAAGGUGUCGCCUUAUCGAAUAAAGCAUUAUAGUGUUUUUUUUCUUAUUUUUUUUUAUUUUUUUUAUUUUUUUUAUUUUUUAUGUAACCAUUUUAUUUGCAACAAAUAGCAUAUUAAAAUUUAUAUAAUUCUACUUAUAGGCUAAAUAAAAGUUAAAGAUUCAUACUAAUGCAAGAUAUUCAUUAGGAAAACAUAUCAAUAAAGUGAGUAAACUAACUAAGUUCAUCUUCAUCAUAGGGUAUAAUAUAACUAUGAAACAAAAAUUAUAAAUAUAAUGGAAAAACUGCUGUUAAAAUAUUUAAGUAUUUAUUAUACUUACCUCUAUGAUGCCAAAGUGAGGGCCUAAGAUCAUCCACUAUAUUUCUACUUUUGUUAGUCUGAUUAGGGCUGCAACUCAGGUUAGUAUCGCUGGAAUGGGAAAAGAAAACCAGGAAAGAAGAAGAAGAAUGAAUGAAGAGAAGGGAAGUCUCACUGGCAUGGGAAGAGGAAGAAUUAAGGAAGAAAAGAAUGGAUUAAGGGAAGAGAAAUAGAAAGGAAGAAGAAGAAGAAGAAGAAAAAACAGAUGAGAAAGAGAUCUCCAUUCAGUAAUAGAGAACUGGGAAAAUAAUGAAGAAUAAAAAGGAGCCAUAAUGGCUUAAGGAAGACUCGCCGGAGGAAGAAUUACUAGAGGAGAGUCACCGGAGCCGAAAUCGAUUGCGGGAGAAACACCUAUGCCUUAGUUCUCCCAAACAAAGAAGAAAACAGCCAAGAGGAUUUUGUGAUUUGUGAUUGAACGAUUUUGUGAUUUGUAAUUUGUUCAAUCAAAAUGUGGUUUUUGACUUUAUAUAAACUUGAUCCCAUAGUUCUCAAGCGUACAGAAUUCCCAUAGACUUUCCAAUCACAAAAAAAGAUAAGGAAUCUAUUGUAAUACAUGGAAAAAAAAAAGUUAAUAAACAAAAACAUAAAAGGUGUCCGCCUUGGUCGUAAGGCGUCAUAAGGCGUCACCUUAGCCAUUAAGGUGGUCACCUUACGUGAAACCCCUAAAGAGCAUGACUGCCUUAGCCUACCCAUACCGCUUUGAUGCCUUGGCGUUGCCUUGGCAGCUCCUUGGCGAUGCCUUAAUAACUAUGAAUGUUGGGGUCCUAUGAGAAAAGAGAACAUUAACUUUUAUGUUUUGUGGAAGGUUUGUCUCAUGCUUCAGGGAUCUGAGAUACUUUUAACCAUUUUAUUGUAGCUUAUGUGUCUUAUUGUUCCUCUUUGCUAUAUAUGCAUUUUUAUUAUAACUUGCAAUAGCUGUUUUGUUGCUAGGAGCAGGUGCUCUCCUUGGUUUGCUAUAGUCUUUUAUUAUAUCAGAAAUCUGUUAUCAAUAACAAAGUAUUUACCAAACCAUUAAAUAUUGCAGGACGGAAAUGGCUUCUUGUUCGACUCUAGAUAUCUUGAGUGAUCUACCAGAAGAUAUACUAGAGAACAUCUUUUCUCAUUUGUCAAUGAGAGAGGUGGUGAGAACCAGUGUCCUAUCAACUAAGUGGAGAUUCAAAUGCAUUUCAGUUCCACAUCUCAUAUUCAAUGAUGAUUGUAUACCAGUUUCUGUUGGUGCACUUCGUCAUGAUAAACUUGUGCAAAUUGUUAAUCAUGUUCUCCUACUUCAUAGAGGUCCAGUUCUAACAUUUCAGAUCUCUAGUUCACAGUUAAACACCUGUUCAGAUAUAGACAGCUGGAUUCUUUACCUCUCAUUAUAUUCUGUCAAUUCUAUCAAAGAUUUUAAACUUGUGAUUUCUAAAUCCGAGCGUCAUAAUGUUCAUCCAUGCUUAUUCUCCUUUAAAAAACUGAUUCAUCUAAUACUGGCUGGCUGCGUAAUCGUACUUCCUGUGAUGUUCAAAGGCUUUAGCUGUCUCACAACUCUGGCUUUUAAACAUGUUACACUCUCUAAUGCGGCAUUCGACUGUUUGGUUUCCACCUGCCCUCAACUAGAAAGGUUGGCAUUGAUUGAUAUGGAUGGUCCUACUCAUAUUGAACUUAGCAAUCUGAAACUCAAGUACUUGUUGAUCUAUGGAAAAUUCAUUCCUAUAUACCUCAAAGAGUUAAGGUUUUUAGUUUAUGCAAGCUUUGUUGCAACAACAGCAGCUCAUCCUGACCAACGAAGAACUUGCAAUUUUAGCAACAUUCUUGGCUCUCUGCCGGGUAUUCAAAAGCUUGUCAUGGGAGGCUGGUAUCUACAGUCUUUAGCCAUUGGUGAUAUGCCUAGGAGGCUUCCUUCGACUUAUGAUCAUUUGAGGAGCAUCUACUUUCAUCUGAAUGUAAAGGAUAUGAAAGAUAUUUUAGUUGCUAUUUGGUUACUUAAAAGCUCCCCUAAUUUGCAAAAGCUUGAAAUCCAUAGAGAUGCGAUUGUUCCUAUCAUGGACCAACAAAAAGCAAAGGAUCAUUUGGAGUGCACAUUCAACAAACUUCGGGUUGUGGAUAUGUCUAGACUCCUUGGCAUGAAAAUGGAAUUGGAAUUCAUUAAAUUUAUACUUGCCAAUUCUCCAGUGCUUGAAACAAUGAACAUCAUUCCUGCAAUAAAUGGCAUUGACAAAGGAUUGUUGUUGAAGGAGUUGCUUCGAUUGAAAAGAGCUUCGCCACAAGCAGAAAUUUGUGUACUUGAGCCCUAAGACUUAAUAGAAGUGAUCCAAGUUGAUGACCGCUAGAGCUUCAUUCAGCAUUGACAAAGGAUUGUUGUUGAAAGAGUUGCUUCGAUUGAAAAGAGAUUCACCACAAGCAGAAAUUUGUGUACUUGAGCCCUAAGACUUAAUAGAAGUGAUCCAAGUUGAUGACCGCUAGAGCUUCAUUCAACCCCGCCCCCAUUUUUCCCUUUUGUCUGGUUAAAUGUAUCUUAGCGGUAGAUGUGUCACAGGUCAAAUGUACAUGUUAAAGAGCAUUCUGUUGGCUACUGAAACUAAUGAUCAAGACUUGAUUUUCUUUGUUC